AUGCUGCCGCUCUCGCUGCUGCGAACCGCGACGGGCAACCCGAUGCUCGUCGAGCUCAAAAACGGCGAGACCUUCAACGGCACGCUGGACUCGUGCGACAACUGGAUGAACAUCAAAUUGAAAGAGGUCAUCUGCACCUCUCGCGACGGCGACCGCUUCUGGCGCUUGCCGGAGGUGGUGAUCCGCGGAAACAACAUCAAGUACUUGCGGAUCCCCGAGGAGGUGAUCGACAUGGUCCCCGAGGAGGACCUCUCGAUGGCAGGCAAGGGCAAGGGCGGCAAGGGCGGCAAGGGCGACGGCCGCGGCCGGGGGGGCAAGGGCAAGGGCGACGGCAAGGGGCGCGGCGGUGGCGGUCGCGGAGCUGGGAGGGCGUCAGGC